AUGGACGUCCAGUCACUCGAGUCUCGCUUCGAGGGCAUCUCGGUCAACGAUGAAAACCACGACCAGAACUCGCACAAAUCAAAGGGCUCUAUUGCCAUCUCUAGCCUGGGAGCUGCCGCCGCUGCCAACCGAUUAAAGCUUCCGUUGCAGAAGCUGCCCGCCAAUGCCACAAAGAACUCAUUGUACUCGGCCAACGGUGCAAAUACAGCUGCCACCAUCGCAAAAAUUACUCUUCCGUCCCAAGCUGCCCAAAGGUCGUCCGAUUCUGAACCUCGCCGCUCGGAUCCCCAGUCCAUGCUCUCAUCCAUCCCACAACAACCCUCAACACCGAGACAGUUCCACCUGGGCAUGUUUGAAAUCGGCAAGCCCCUCGGCAAGGGCAAAUUCGGCAGAGUGUACCUGGCACGAGAACGCUCUAGUGGCUUCGUCUGCGCGCUCAAGGUCCUUCACAAGACCGAGCUGCAGCAAGGAAAGGUCGAGAAACAAGUCCGAAGAGAGAUUGAGAUUCAGUCCAAUCUUGCCCACCCCAACAUCCUCCGACUCUUUGGCCACUUCCACGACAGCAAGCGCAUCUUCCUCAUUCUCGAGUUUGCUGGCAAAGGCGAGCUUUACAAGCAUCUGCGCCGCGAACAACGAUUCCCCGAAUGGAAGGCUGCUUCGUACGUCGCUCAAAUGUGCGCCGCCCUCAAAUACCUGCAUAAGAAGCAUGUCAUUCACCGAGACAUCAAGCCCGAAAACAUUCUGGUCGGUAUCCAUGGUGAAAUUAAGAUCAGCGACUUUGGCUGGUCGGUACAUGCCCCUAACAACAGGAGAAACACCAUGUGUGGAACUCUCGACUAUCUGCCCCCAGAGAUGCUGAAGCCCGGCAAAGAUGAGAACUGGUACAACGAGAAGGUCGACCUGUGGAGUCUGGGUGUUCUGACCUACGAGUUCUUGGUUGGAGAAGCGCCAUUCGAGGAUACCCCUUCCAUGACACAAAAGCGCAUUGCCCGUGGAGAAAUGACGAUCCCGCCAUUUGUGAGCGCCGAAGCAAAGGACUUGAUCAAGAGGUUGCUUGUUCUAGAUCCGGAAAAGAGAAUCCCAUUGCACGAGGUCGAGCAACAUCCCUGGAUCGUCAAGCAUUGUGUCAAAGGCGAAAGAGCUUAUAACAGAACCUCUGCCAGCAGUAAAGAGCGCCCAAGCGAAUGA